AUGGGGCCUCUGUGUGCCCUGUGGGUGGUGCUCACCCUGCUGGAAGCCUGGACGGGCCAGACCCUGAACCCUCCAGCCAUCGCCCCGGUCUUGCAGAGUUUCCAAGAGGACCAGAGUCGGGGACAUCGCAUCUCCUCUGCACAGACAAAGGCUCAGAGAGGCCAGCUACUGGCCAGGGUCACCCCAUCCUGCCAGAAACAGGGCAGCCACUGGCUUCUGCCAGUGUCACUGUUCCAGGGGGAGUGGUUCGUCCUCGGCCUGGCUGGCAACACAUACAGGAAGGCAGACAGGUCCCUUCUGAACUCUUUCAUUGCAACGUUUGAGCAAACUGGGAACGGCCGCCUCAGCGUGUCCUACGCCAUGACGCGGGGCCAGCGCUGUAUCACCUGGUCUUAUGUGCUGAUUCCCGAGGCCCAGCCUGGGAAAUUCUCAGUGGACAACAGUAGGUGUGAGAGAGUGGGAGGUGGGAAGGAUCAUGGGGGGCACUGGUGGCAGGGCCCUGACCUGGGGCUGCCCCCUCCGUGCCCAGGGCUGUCCCCUCAGUACACAGGGCUGUCCCCUCCAUGCCCAGGGCUGUGUCCCCUCCAUGCCCGGGGCUGUGUCCCCUCCGUGCUUAGGGUUGUCCCCUCAGUGCCCCCGGACAGCCUGGAGGAGGUGCAGGUACAUGACACCAACUACACCACGUUCGCCCUGAUGCUCUCCAGAAGGCAGUCGGGCAGCCCUCCUGUCAUCAGGGUCCACCUGCUGUGUGAGCCCUUCGCCCUCCGGGUAGUGGGUAGCUGGGGCCAGAGGGAGCAGGGAGGCUGGGCGGUACUCCUGGGCCUGGGACCACACUGGGCAGGGACACCCACCACUCACAGUCCAUUCCCAGUUGCUAAGGGCAACGCCGUGUUCUUGGGCCCCAGGCAGAAUGUGGGCGAUUGAGACCAGGUGCUGGAUAGAUUUGUCUGCCUGGUCAGAGCUCAGGGCCUAUUAGAGGACAACAUUGUCUUCCCAGACGUGACAGGAUCCACCGUCAGAAAUCUCGUGGUGUCACCUGUACCCAAAUUCCAGGCGGGUGGACGCAGACCCCCCAAAUCAGAUGCAGAAUAUCCGUCGCCCCAGAAAGCUCGCUGGUUCCCGCUGGCAGUCAGCGACCGUUCCGGCCCCUACAGCUGUGACCUACUUCCCAUCAGCACAGAGGAGUCUGGCCUGACUCAGAAUCGCAGUGUGUAG